AUGCCAUCCUUCCCAACCAGACCAUUGGUCAAGCUGAGGGAUGACGGGCUGCAGCUGAGCUAUCAACUCCCUCAGCGCGUUCAUGCGGCGAAAGCAUAUCCGAUCCUCGCCCCCAAUGGCUCAUCCAUCAUCGUAUAUGGCUACGAGAAUGGUCUAAAAGUGAUUUGGAGAGGUGGAAAACGCUUCUCUGCACCUAAACCAUUCACUCAGAAAGCCGCCAAACCAGCCAGAGGAAACAGUAGCAAUGACGAUGCGGUCAUGAUUAUCGAUUCUGACCAUGAGAGCGCAGCAGAGACACCCAAGGAAGAAGGGCCUGUCUACGAAUUCGAAGAAGACGAAACUGAGGUCGAUUCCGCCUUUCCUUUCGAGGAUAUUCUCCGUCAGAUUGACAUACCUCUUGGCAGCAGAGUCCUUGACUUGGCAGUGCCUCGUAUCCUCCCCGAGACAGCUCGCUCAUCACUUGAUCCUUUCCCUCCCGCUCUGAAGAAGUUGAUGGCGAUUUCCGCUGUGUGCGCUGAUUAUUCAACUCGGAUUGUGACUCUGCCCUUGAUCCCUCCUCACCCAACACAGACAGAACUCACCUCAUGGCAAGUGCAAACUGUCUCCAUAUCCGGUGGAGUGUCUCACCAGGAAGUUCCAAGGGGAGUCAGUAUCAGCUUUACUUGUCAGGAGAUCGAAUCAGAUGAGGAUGUUACUAUGUCUCCAACCAAGUCCGAUUUUCAGGACAGUGAGCGAUGGGAUCUUUUGGUGGCAACUCACUCCGCAGAAGCAUCCGGUCUUCUCUUAAUACAUCGGAUUCCCAUUGUGGAGGAUAGAAUGUACGAUGACGAGAUUGUCUCUAGACGAGUCUAUCUGCCCGCGCCGGCGACGAACAUCUCUUUCAAUCCGUCGACCUUUCCAGCUCUUCGUCACUCAACUCUCCUAGUCGCCUUCCACAGCGGGUGCGUGAAGGUCUAUUCUUGCUUCUCCAGAAAACCUGCAAAAGUGUCAAGAAGGGCAUCGGGGCCUCAGAGUGAUUUUGAAAAGGCCGAGACUGAGGGAAGGUGGCUGAUUAGCCUCUACCCUGGCUUCGAACAAUCGCCUUCUGGGCUGGUGCGGCGAAAGACCAUUAUUGACGCCGAAUGGGUGCUCGGCGGACGAGCCAUUAUGGUGCUGAUGGCGGAUGGCGAAUGGGGUGUGUGGGAUCUUGAGGGAGCUGGACCGGGCAGUACUAAGGGCCCUCUUCAGCGACAGUCCAGCAUACAGGGUGUGACUGGCGGUUCGCUGACCGCGUUUUCCGUGAGUGGUAAGAUUGUGGGUCGGAUGACAGGACGGAACGAGUCCGGCAGCGAGUCCCCCGUUGAGCCGCGGCCGAAAUUUGCGCCCAUGACUCCCUCCACCAAGCGCGUGCGGGAAGAUACCCUGUUGAAAGGCACACUUGCUACACCCACCCCGUCUUUAUGCGGAGAGAUUUCGGUGUACCAGACGAGUUCGCUGAGAGAUGCACUGCCUGACGAGUCAAUAUUGCUACGACAUGGCACUCAGAGUGCGGUGAUCCCCAGUCUACUCUCCCUGUGGCGCAACGCCAUUAAAGCCAGUGGCACUUUUGACGCAUCGAACCGCUGCAGAGUUUCACCUAUUCAGGACAUUCACCUGAUGGGAGAGAACUUCACUGGCAUUAGUCAUCUUCCUGCGGCAGCUCGCCGUUCUCGGGACACGGAGCGCCAGGACUUUGAUAUCCUCAUCACAUCAGAGCAUCGCAUCAUUAUACUUGCGCCAAAGCUGACCGAACCCGAAGAUAUCCCGGUCUCUCGGCAGUCAACCAGCGAAGAAGCAACCAUUGAGGCGGAUCAGCUCAUGCUCCGCAGGGGAGUGUUGGACGUGGAUGGAAUGGACCGCCUUCUGAGUGGCAUGGCCAGCGGCAACCGAUCAAUGCGAAUGGGAAGUCCGAUCAAACGAGCACGCAUCUUCGCUUGA